AUGGAAAUAAUACUCGACAUGCAGGAAUUUAGAGGUCCUCAUAAUAAGUUUAUCAUGAAAGAAUUCGCAUCAAUAACUAUCCAGAAUGAAAUCAAUGGAGUAGAAGAAAUUACACCUACUCUAUUUCAACAACCUUAUCACUGGAAAUCACAAUCAAAGCAUUACCAACGUUUCAAUACCUGGAUCACUCGCAAUCAUUAUGGACUUUCAUGGGAUACAGGAAAUAUACCCUACUGUGACAUUAACAAAGUUAUUAAUUACACCACACAUGAUAAGAAAUAUAUUUAUGUUAAAGGUGUUGAAAAAAAAUUAUGGUUGCAAGCAUUCAUUGCAAGUGAUAAAAAUAUAAUAGAUCUAGAAGACUUUGAAUUUCCUACUUUAAAAGAUAAUAAUAUUUAUGAUUAUUGUUCUCAUCAUUAUAAUUUAAACAAAAAUAUGUUUGUUUAUUACUCAUGUGCUUUAAAAAAAUGUGAAAUUUCUAAACAAAAUUGUUUAUAA